GUGGCUGCAACACGUUUUAAAAAUUUUGGCUCCAUUUACGUACAAACUCUCCGGGCAGAAUUUUAAAGUGGAAUUUGCUGAAAAUUACAGUUUAGGAACGUGUUGGCGCAUCUGUAAAGGCUUUAAGGAUACGUGUUACUGAAAAUAACAUGGAUAUAGGCUGUUAAUGUGGACAUUUUCCAGUGAAAAUGAGUGUGCUCAACAAAGUGACGACAUUUUGUGUUUUUUGCGUAAUUUUUGCCCACGGCUACGAGGACUUCUUCCAAGAAAACCGCCGCCUAUCUAAAGCCAUCGUCGAGGCGUUCCAAGACACUCACUUUGACAAGGAGCUGCUUUUCGAUCUGAAGAAGGAGAACCAAGUGUACCUUAAUCGCACCAUGUCUCUACUCAUCAAAUAUAUUGUCAAACGGGAGGUGGACAACUACCGCUCGCGACGCACCGACGCCAUCAGUCGCCGCGUCUACUCCUCGCUCAUCAUGAAACUCAUUGACAUUGCCAAGGAUCUGCCGCGAAACUCCAGCGCCGCGAGCCGCAUCGACACGGCGCACCGCUACUACAUGUCGGUGGAGACACGCGAUAUGCACGACCAGAUGGCUGACGUGCAGGUGUUCCACGCAUGCGCGCGCCUCUACGACGUGAUGUUCACUGCUCCUCGAAUUAUAGCUGAUCUGGGUAACCUAGACGAUUUGACGCCCAGACUUCUCGUGAAAAAACUAAAGGACAUGGAAAUAAAACCUGUCCACUUGGGCGUUGCGUUACUUAUUCAGUACCAUCUACGAAACACAGCCAGCUUCGUGAUCAGAGCCAAAGCCCUGGAAGUACUGGCGACAAAGCCAGAAAUGGUUGGUCCGCAAGUCAUAGACAUGCUGAAAGCUUUGGCAUCGAGGCUUUUACCGGUAGCUGAGUUGCUGGACAUACAUCUUGCGCACUCCAGCCCCGCUUUCAAGGACACCUGCCCGUCCACGUGGCUUGGCAUCUUUAAUAAUAAACAACCAUAA